CUCAUUUUGCAGAUGAGGAAACUGAGGCUUGGUGAAGUUACGAAACUUGUCCAAAAUCACUCACUUUGUAAAGAGCACAGCCAAGAUUCAGAGCCAGGUUGUAAAAAUUAAAAUGAACAAACUACGGCAAAGUUUUAGGAGAAAGAAAGAUGUUUAUGUUCCAGAGGCCAGUCGUCCACAUCAGUGGCAAACAGAUGAAGAAGGUGUUCGCACUGGAAAAUGUAGCUUCCCAGUUAAGUAUCUUGGCCAUGUAGAAGUUGAUGAAUCAAGAGGAAUGCACAUCUGUGAAGAUGCUGUGAAAAGAUUGAAAGCUGAAAGGAAGUUCUUCAAAGGCUUCUUUGGAAAAACUGGAAAGAAGGCCGUUAAGGCAGUUCUGUGGGUCUCAGCAGAUGGACUCAGAGUUGUGGAUGAAAAAACUAAGGACCUCAUAGUUGACCAGACGAUAGAGAAAGUUUCCUUUUGUGCCCCAGAUAGGAACUUUGAUAGAGCCUUCUCCUACAUAUGUCGCGAUGGCACCACUCGGCGCUGGAUCUGUCACUGCUUCAUGGCUGUCAAGGACACAGGUGAAAGGUUGAGCCAUGCAGUGGGCUGUGCUUUUGCAGCCUGUUUAGAGCGUAAGCAGAAGCGAGAGAAGGAAUGUGGAGUGACUGCCACUUUUGAUGCUAGUCGGACCACUUUUACAAGAGAAGGAUCAUUCCGUGUCACAACAGCCACUGAACAAGCAGAAAGAGAGGAGGUCAUGAAACAAAUGCAAGAUGCCAAGAAAGCUGAAAUGGAUAAGACAGUUGUCGGUUCAUCAGUGGCCCCUGGCAGCACUGCACCAUCCCCAUCCUCUCCUACCUCUCCCACUCUGGAUACCACUGCCUCUCUGGAGAUGAACAAUCCUCACGCCAUCCCACGCCGUCACGCGCCAAUUGAGCAGCUUGCUCGCCAAGGCUCUUUCCGAGGAUUUCCUGCUCUUAGCCAGAAGAUGUCACCCUUUAAACGCCAGCUAUCUCUUCGCAUCAACGAGUUGCCUUCCACUAUGCAGAGGAAGACAGAUUUUCCCAUAAAAAACACAGUGCCAGAGGUAGAAGGGGAGGCAGAGAGUAUCAGCUCUCUGUGCUCACAGAUCACCAACGCCUUCAGCACGCCUUCGGAGGACCCCUUCUCAUCGGCCCCAAUGACCAAGCCAGUGACAGCGGUGGCACCACAGUCUCCUGCCUUCCAAGCUAAUGGCACUGACUCAGCCUUCCAUGUGCUUGCUAAGCCAGCCCACACUGCUCUCGCACCCGUAGCAAUGCCCGUGCGUGAAACCAACCCUUGGGCCCAUUCCCCUGGUGCUGCUAACAAGGAAAUGGCAGCCACAUGUUCGGGGACCGAGUGGGGUCAGUCGUCUGGUGCUGCCUCUCCAGGCCUCCUCCAGGCUGGCCACAGACGCACUCCCUCGGAGGCCGACCGAUGGUUAGAGGAGGUGUCUAAGAGUGUGCGGGCUCAGCAGCCGCAGGCCCCAGCUGUCCCUUUGCAGCCAGUUCUCCAGCCACCUCCACCCACUGCUGCCUCCCAGCCACCUAUUCCGGGGAAUGCAUUCCUCAGCUCCCAGCCUGUGCCAGUGGGUGUGGUCUCACCCCUGCAGCCAGCCUUCGUCCCUGCCCAGGCCUAUCCUCUGGCCAAUGGGAUGCCCUACCCAGCCUCUAACGUGCCUGUAGUGGGCAUCACGCCCUCCCAGAUGGUAGCCAACGUGUUUGGCACGGCAGGCCAUCCUCAGGCUGGCCACCCCCACCCAUCACCCAGCCUGGUCAAGCAGCAGAUGCUCCCUCAGCACGAGAUGAGCAGUGCCACUGCCAGCCCCUUCCUUAAGCCCCCUGCUCAGCACCUCAAUGGCUCUGCAGCUUUCAACGGCAUGGACGACAGCAGGCUGGCCUCAGGAGACAAGCACACAGAGGCAUCUGCGGGCCCCUGCCUGGUGGAUCCUUUUGAAGCACAGUGGGCUGCACUGGAAAACAAGUCCCAGCAGCGCACCAACCCCUCCCCCACCAACCCCUUCUCCCGUGACUUACAGAAGACCUUUGAAAUCGAACUGUAAUCGACGCCUGUGGCUCUGUGUCUUGUCUGUGCUUAGGCAGGGGUGUGAGUGGAGGUCAGAGAAGCAAAGGGGACUCUGUCUUCUUGAUUACUACUCUUCUCACUAAUCCAAAGGUCCCAAGGAACAAGUCCAGGCAGUGUACAGGGAGGGGUGAUUCUGGAAGAUGUGGGGAAAGUGGCCUUGUGGCCAGGCUAAGAAUGCAAGGUAACACUGCCUUGUGCCCCUCCCCGCCCACAGACUUUGAGCCACAGGGAAACAGACAUAUCUGAACAGGAAUCCGUAUGCAAAGCACAUUUACUGGAAUAUACAACACAACAGGAAGCGAAACAAUCUCCCUUUGUCUUCAGGCCGUGUAUCUGCCUCCUUGGUCCCAGAGACUUACAAGAACGGCAUGGUCUCUGCUCAGGCCGGGACAGAGAGGCUGGCUGUGUCGCCAGUGUUCUUGGGAGGGCACAUCAGCAGCCGCCCAGCAGAGCUAUAUUUGGGGGUGAAGUCACGCUUCCAUUUUGAGUAACAGAAUAAAUAUUAUAAGUAUAUAUCAAAAAAGCCAAAAUCUUUAUUUUUAUGCACUUAGAAUAUUUUAAAUAGUUCUUAAUAUUAAAGAGUUGUAAGUAAUCUUGCCAAAGGUAAAGGGUUAGUUGUAAGAAAUUGUACAUAAGAUUGAUUUAUUAUUGAUGCCUACGGAGGAGGAUGAGGAGGAAGAGGGGGAAGAGGAAGAGGAAAGGCUGGAAGUUGCAGGCAGAUCCCUAGCUUGUUCGCUGCCAUUCACUGUAAGUAGUACAUUGCAACAACAAUCAUGCUUAUGAUCAAUACAGUCACUAGGUUUUAAAUAAAGAAAACGAAAGAGCAGUAUUGUCCUGGCUUUAAACCUAUGAUAGAAUUCUAAUGUCAUUACUUCAAUGGAUUUGACCUAAAUAUGCUCUGUAGAGAAUAUUACCUUUUAUGUAUUGCUGCAGUUUCCCUAUGUUAAUCCUUUACUUGUUUUAACACUAAGUCAUACCACAAGAAGGAGCGCGGGCUACUGUGUUGGUGUGUAAUGUGGGUCUGGGUGGGUUUUGUCCUGCCCUUUAAAUGUUGCCCUCACGAGUUUUGUGGGAUGGGGGUUCCGGUUUCCAUAGUCUCGUGUGUGCCCCCUUCAGUAAGCAGAAUGUCCCAUUGCCAGUCGCAGCCACCUGACCUUGGAGAACAUGAGAUCCCAUCUCAUUUUUACUUUUGAACGUUGGCCUUACAAUCAAAUGUAAGUUAUAUAUAUUUGUACCGAUGAGAAUUUAUAAUCUGCUUUAACAGAAAUAAAUGUUCGUGGUAGAA